AUGUGGGUGCCUCGGGUCAUCACUGCCAUCAGAGCUCAAAGUAGCAUCUCCAAUCCUCUUACUUAUCCUUCUAAGUUUCAACAUGAUCCAGUCACCCUCCUCCUUAAGAGAAGAGAUCUCACCGAAAAGGGUGAACGGGUAAGGGCAUGGGAGAGACUGAAUCAUGAGAUUGGGAAGAGAAGAGACAAGGAGAAAUUGGCCUUGCAUUUAGUGAAAGAACUGAGGAGUUUCACCCAUGAUCUUUGUGGUCGAGAAGCUCCCGAAGCAACUGUUGAGGAUGCUUGUGCUCUACUUUUUUACCUCUUCAAUGAGAAGAGGGUUGUGGAACAAAGGGACAUUGGUCGUCUUCGUCUCUCCUUUGGAGAUGUCUCAUCAUCAUCUGCCAACAAGGCGUUCAAGAAGGUGAAAGAAUUGUGUGCUUCUUUACCUGAAACCUUGCUGGAAGAAGUGAAAGGGAAGAGUCAUGCAGAUGUAGAUGAGACCACAAAGCUCAAGGCCCCCUUUGGAGCAGAUUUGAAGAUUGAUGCAUCUGUAUCAGGUCCUCCCUUUCCCCCAGGGCGAGAAGAUGCUUUGAUUGAUUUCUAUUCCCUUGAUACCCAUGAUCAUGCUCCAGGUGUCUCCCUGCAACUCUUGCCAGAUGUGGGUCAGGCUGUGAAACAGUGGGACAGAGUUUGGCUGGAGAAUUCCCUUAAAGCCAGUGUGGUAAUGGCUGGAAUUACACCAUCUGAAUUGGUCUCCUCUGUUGUCACACUCCUAUCCUCCAAAAAGUGUAAUGAAGAGCUCCAAAAUGAGUUAUUUGAUCUUCUUGGAUUUGAACGUUUUGAAUUGAUAGAAGAGAUCCUUAUGCAUCGGAAGGAAAUCCUCGAUUCUUCAAAGCAGGUGGGAUCAACCUUAAAUGUCCCAGUUCAGGCUAGGAGUGAGAAGCGUCCAUUGUAUGGGUGUCAGGUGAUAGUUCAGUCAGAGGAAGAAGCAUUAGCAAGGAAGCAGAUGAGGAGGGAUGAGAAGAAGCUCAUAAGACAGACUGGCAAGAUUCUCAGUGAUGAUCCAGGGGAAGGAGGAGAUGAAUUUGAUCCUGCCCUCCUUAGGGCUAUCAGAGAGAGCCAGCUGGAAGAAGCCAAGCGCGCACCAAUCUUUAGACGGAGAGUAGCUGAUGGUUCUCGAGAGUCAAUCCCGUAUCCCCAUGUUUAUGACUCACUUGCUGUGGCCAAAUCCCAAGCAGCAUUAGUGGGAGGUCGGAAGAUGGUUUUGCCAGCCACAAUGCAGAGGGUCAACACAGAGCGUUAUGAAGAGAUCAAUAUCCCUCAUUCUGGUCCUGCACUCUUGCCAUCAGAUAUUGGACAAGAUCUCAUCUCCAUCAGCUCCCUUGAUGAUAUUGGGCAGGUGGCAUUCAAAGGGACAGAGAGCCUUAACCUCAUCCAGUCUAUUGUUUACCCCACAGCAUAUUACACAAAUGAGAAUCUGCUUGUCUGUGCCCCUACUGGAGCUGGAAAGACCAAUGUUGCUAUGCUUGCUGUUGUCCAUCAGAUCCGCCAGCAUCUUGACCCUGAUGGAACAAUAAAAAAGGAUUCUUUCAAGAUCAUAUACGUGGCUCCCAUGAAGGCUCUUGCUGCAGAAGUGGUGGAAAAAUUCUCUCAACGUCUUGCACCACUGGGCCUCCAAGUGAAGGAACUGACAGGGGACAUGCAGAUGUCCAAGGCAGAAAUUCUUUCCACACAGAUGAUUGUGACCACUCCUGAGAAGUGGGAUGUUGUAACAAGGAAACCAGGAGAUGCAUCCCUCUCACAACUUGUCAAGCUUUUAAUCUUUGAUGAAGUUCACCUCUUGCAUGGAGACAGGGGACCUGUAGUGGAGUCUUCUCAGCGAAUGAUUCGCAUUGUUGGACUCUCAGCCACACUCCCUAAUUAUGUGGAUGUUGCCAUGUUCCUUGGGGUGAAUCCAAGAGUGGGGCUUUUUGUCUUUGACUCCAGGUUCCGCCCAGUGCCCUUGAAUCAGACUUUCAUUGGAGUAAGAGGAAGAGGGAAUAGCUUGCAACAGGUGGAAGACAUGGAUCAUGCAUGUUAUGAAAAAGUGGUGUCAUUCUUGGAGAAGGGGAAGCAAGUGAUGGUAUUUGUGCAUGCCCGUAAUGCCACAACCCGGACAGCCCUUGUUAUCAAGGAACUGGCUCUCAAACGAGGCCAGGCACAUCUUUUUGCUCCACCUGAUAAUUCAGCUCUUGGUCUUGCUCAGAAAAACAUAGCUCGUUCCAAGAAUAAGUUGCUUAAUGACCUAUUCCCUCAUGGCCUAGCUACGCAUCAUGCUGGCAUGCUUCGAUCUGACCGGAACUUGGUAGAGAAAUACUUCAGGGAAGGGUACAUACAGGUUCUGGUAUGCACAGCCACUCUUGCUUGGGGUGUCAAUCUCCCUGCUCAUGCUGUCAUCAUCAAGGGUACAGAACUGUAUGACUCCAAGUAUGGAACAUUUGUGGACCUGGGGAUGCUGGAUGUGAUGCAGAUUUUUGGUAGAGCAGGUCGACCACAAUAUGACAAGCUGGGUCAUGGGGUCAUCAUCACAUCUCAUGAAAAACUCUCCCAUUAUCUUUCCCUUCUCACAUGCCAGUGCCCAAUAGAGAGCUCCUUCCUACAAGGCCUGGUUGAUAACCUGAAUGCUGAAGUGUCCCUGGGGACAGUGAGCAACAUUGAUGAGGCAAUGGAAUGGAUGUCCUACACAUAUCUCUAUGUACGCAUGAGGCGCAAUCCCCUUGUCUAUGGGAUAACUCACAAGGACCUGAUGGAUGAUCCAACUCUGACUCGACAAAGACGAGAAUUUGUUGUGGCUGCAGCCAAGGCCCUGGAUGCUGUUAAGAUGGUGCGAUAUGAUCCCCGCACAUCAUACCUCCAUGCCACAGAUCUUGGACGUACUGCAAGUUCAUACUACAUCAAAAAUGACACUGUGCAAUUGUUUAAUGAAGCCCUUCAUCCAAGUGUGCAUGAAGGAGAUAUUCUGGCCAUGAUCUCCAAAGCCCAGGAAUUUGAUCAGCUCAAAGUCAGAGAGGAUGAAAUGAAGGAGUUGGAAUAUCAACGAGAAGUGUCAUGUGAACUACCAGUGCCUGGUGGAUGUGAGAACUCAUAUGGCAAAGUGAACAUCCUCCUCCAGACUCAUAUUUCACGAGGAAAGCUGGAAACCUUCUCUCUCAUCUCUGAUCAAGCCUACGUUGUUCAGAAUGCAACUCGUAUCCUCAGAGGGGUGUUUGAUAUUGUGUUAAGGCGGGAUUUGCCUGUGCUCACUGGGCGUGUCCUCUUACUCUGCAAAAUCAUUGAGAGACAGCAAUGGGCAUGGGAACAUCCUCUGAGACAGUUCCUUGGGCUCACCCAUCAUAUUUCCCAUGAAAUUGUGAGCAAGCUAGAAAGCAGGGAGCUGGACUUGGAUCGCAUCAGAGAGAUGACAUCUGAGGAGGUGGGGCAUCUCAUCCAUCAUGUGAAGAUGGGACAAGAUGUGAAAAGGGCUGCAGAGGAGAUUCCCCUUUUAGAUGCACAUACCACCAUCCAGCCUAUCACAAGAAGUGUUCUUAGGGUGCGACUUGUCCUUUCACCAGCAUUCCACUGGAACCAGCGCAUACAUGGUGGAACAUCUGAAGGCUUUUGGGUUUGGCUUGAGGACCCAGAUACUGACCACAUCUACCAUCAUGAAUAUUUUGUCAUCACCAAGAAACAGGUAACAUUGUCUGAAGGGAAAGAAUGCAAAAUUUGUGCUAAAUGCAGUGGAAUUGCCCUACUUGUCUAUGGAUUCUUCCAGGUGAUGCGAGAGGAAUCACAGACUUUGGUAUUCACUAUACCAAUCUUUGAACCCCUUCCAUCUCAAUAUUAUGUGAGAAUUUGUAGCGAUCGAUGGUUGGGUUCUGACUCCCUUGUUCCCAUCUCCUUUCAACAUCUCAUUCUUCCAGAAAGACAUCCUCCUCACACAGAGCUGCUGGAUCUGAUUCCUCUCCCAGUUUCGUCCCUGGGUGAUCCCCGAUAUGAGCUUCUAUACACAUUCACACACUUCAAUCCUAUCCAAACUCAACUGUUCCAUUGCCUCUAUCACACUGAUCACAAUGUCCUCCUUGGAGCUCCAACUGGAUCAGGAAAGACCAUCACAGCUGAAAUUGCCAUGUUUCGGGUGUUCCAUCAGAUGCCAGGAUCCAAGGUGGUCUAUAUUGCUCCUAUGAAGGCUCUAGUGCGAGAACGUGUUGCUGAUUGGAAGGUGAGGCUGGAGGAGAAACUUGGACAUGCAGUAGUGGAGCUCACUGGAGAUGUGACCCCUGAUGUCCGGGCCAUCCAAAGUGCAGAUGUCAUAGUGACCACGCCAGAGAAAUGGGAUGGUGUCAGUCGGAGCUGGCAGACAAGGAGUUAUGUGAAGAAUGUUGCACUUAUUGUUAUUGAUGAGAUUCAUCUCCUGGGUGAAGAUCGAGGACCUGUCCUAGAGGUGAUAGUGUCUCGGACAAGUUUCAUUGCAUCACACACCAAGAGGCGACUACGUAUAAUUGGCCUGUCAACAGCAUUGGCCAAUGCACAGGACCUUGCUAGCUGGCUUGGAAUAUCUGACAUGGGACUGUAUAAUUUUCGUCCUUCAGUGCGUCCUGUUCCCCUUGAGGUCCACAUUUCUGGUUUUCCAGGGAAGCACUAUUGCCCACGCAUGGCAACCAUGAACAAACCAACAUACCAGGCUAUCCGGACACAUUCACCUUCCAAACCGUGCCUUGUUUUUGUAUCAUCCCGAAGACAAACACGCCUGACAGCUUUGGACCUGGUGGCAUAUCUGGCUGCUGAGGAUGAUUCCAAACAGUGGCUCCAUGCUCCUGAACAGGAGAUAGAGCACAUUAUAUCUAUGGUGAAAGAUACAAAUCUCCGACUUACUCUGGGCUUUGGGAUUGGAUUGCAUCAUGCUGGAUUGAAUGAACGAGACCGAAGGAUAGUGGAGGAAUUGUUUGUGAAUCAAAAGAUCCAAGUGUGCAUUGCAACAGCCACUCUUGCAUGGGGAGUAAAUUUUCCAGCUCACCUGGUUGUAGUAAAGGGGACUGAGUACUAUGAUGGGAAGAAGAAACGAUACGUGGAUUUCCCCAUUACUGAUGUCCUCCAGAUGAUGGGGCGUGCUGGGAGACCACAAUAUGAUGACCAGGGAGUAGCUGUAAUUUUGGUCCAGGACACAAAGAAGCAUUUCUACAAAAAGUUUCUUUAUGAGCCCUUUCCUGUGGAAUCCUCCCUCCCUCAGGUCUUGGCUGAUCACCUGAAUGCUGAGAUAGUUGCAGGCACUAUUGCAACAAAGCAAGAUGCCCUGGAUUACCUCACAUGGACAUUCUUCUUCCGCCGUCUCCUUGAGAAUCCCACAUAUUAUGGGUUGGACCAACUAGAAGGGAAUGAGAUCAACACCUACCUCUCACGGUUGGUGGAUGAUUCAUUCAGGGAACUCCAGGAAUCAUAUUGCAUCGAAGAAGGGGAUGAUGGCCGGAGUGUAAGCAGCACAUCUGCAGGUCGUAUUGCAUCUUUCUAUUACCUUAGUCACAAGACAUUGAGGAUGUUUUAUGAGCACCUGGCACUCAAUUCCUCCAUGGAGGAUAUACUCCGUCUCCUUUCUGAUGUCCAUGAAUUUGAGGAACUCCCUGUCCGUCACAAUGAGGACAUCCUCAAUGGGGAACUGAGCCAAUUGUGUCGAAUCCCUGUUGAUCGACUCACACUGGACAGUCCACACACAAAGGCUCAUCUUCUGUUCCAAGCCCAUUUCUCCCGCCUGGAGCUCCCUUGUUCUGACUAUCACACAGAUCUCAAGUCUCUCCUGGAUGAGGUUUUGCGAAUCCUCCAGGCAAUGCUGGAUGUGAGUGGAGAGAGUGGAUGGCUGGGGACAUCAUUACAAGUGAUCCAUAUUAUGCAGGCAGUGAUUCAGGCCAGAUGGAUUCAUGACCCUCCACUCCUCAUACUUCCCAUUUUGGAACGAACUCAUCUUUCUGCUUUCCUGAGAAGUAAGAGAAUGAAGAGCCUGCCAGAGGUGAUGGAGGAAGUGGCAGUAGGUGGAGGUUAUGAAUCCCUCGCUGACAUUCUUCGACCAUACUUGGAUGAACCAGAGAUUGAAACCGUGUUCCGUGCUGUCAAUUCCUUGCCUCGACUCCAUGUCUCAGCCAUGCUAUUGGGACGGGAGGAUGAACAUGUUACAAGAGAAGAGACAUGGAUCCCAGUUGAGGGAGGAAAGGAAUAUACUCUUGUCAUCCACCUGCAUCGGCUCAACCCCUUCCUGAAGGGGAAAGAGGGGAAGGUGAAUGCUCCUCGUUUCCCCAAAGCACAGAAUGAGGCAUGGAUAUUGAUCCUGGGAGAUGUGGAGAGGGGAGAAUUGAUGGCAUUGAGACGUAUCCCUCCAAUACGUGGGAAGACCCCUUCCACCUAUCAAUUGGCCUUCAAAACUCCUUCUAUUAAAGGUGAAUCACUGAGACUGCUGGCUGGGCCCUCCUAG